AAUUCAUCAUUGAAUAUGAAGAUGCAAUGCACGAGGCGGGGCUGUGGCACCACCAAACGGAAGUUCCGGGGACGCAGACCACAGCCCAGCUGAAGCUGUCUCCAUACGUGAACUACUCCUUCCGAGUGAUGGCAGAGAACAACCUGGGGAGGAGCUUGCCCAGCGAGGCGUCUGAACAGUAUUUGACCAAAGCUGCAGAACCAGAUAAAAAUCCCAUGACUGUGGAAGGACUAGGAUCAGAGCCCGAUAAUUUGGUGAUUACGUGGCAGCCCUUGAAUGGUUUUGAAUCAAAUGGGCCAGGCCUUCAGUACAAAGUGAGCUGGCGCCAGAAAGAUGGUGAUGAUGAAUGGACGUCUGUGGUGGUAGCAAAUGUAUCCAAAUAUAUUGUCUCGGGCACGCCAACCUUUGUUCCCUACCUGAUCAAAGUCCAGGCUCUGAAUGAUGUGGGGUUUGCUCCAGAGCCAGCUGUCGUUAUGGGACAUUCUGGAGAAGACCUCCCCAUGGUGGCUCCUGGGAAUGUGCAUGUGACCGUGGUGAACAGUACCUUAGCUGAGGUGCACUGGGACCCAGUGCCUCUGAAAAGUGUGCGAGGACACCUGCAAGGCUAUCGGAUUUACUACUGGACGGACCAGAAUUCAUCAAAAAGAAACAGACGCCACAUUGAGAAAAAGAUCCUCACCUUCCAGGGCAGCAAGACCCACGGCAUGUUGCCGGGGCUGGAGCCCUUCAGCCACUACACACUGAACGUCCGCGUGGUCAACGGGAAGGGGGAGGGCCCGGCCAGCCCCGACAGACUCUUUCAUACGCCGGAAGGAG